CACACGCUCUCCCUUCUCUCUGUUAGUCUCCCUCAGUCAAAGACAGGAGUCUCAAAAGCAGCUGACGCUUCUUGUAAUCCCCUCUAAGCAUCAUUUCAUUGAUGCUUUCUCUCUCUCCCUCUCUCGUUCUCUCUCCCUUCGUGUCUUCAAGCACUUUUUCCUUGGAACUGGAUUUCCCUGCUGCUGAGGUGACAUUAGGUAUCUGGAUGCUACGGAGGUGCACAGGAUAGAGCGACUGGAAGAUAACUUUUAAUGCUGCAAUCAGCGUAGCGCAUAUGUCAUCAGAGGAGGAGCGUUCUUUAUAAUGCAUGAGCCAUUAUUUUUCCUCCUCACGACUGCUGGAGAAAUAUUUUUUCCUCCAUUUCUGACCUUAAUGUUUCAUUUGUGAGGGUUUUUUUUUUUCAUGCAGCAUCUAUGAGGACUUUUACAGUGUGAGAUUUUUUGCAAUAAGUGGAAAGUUUGGAAGGAGGCAUGGCUGACGGGAACUGCAGCUGUCUGUUGAAGCUUUUUCUCUAAGACAGACCAGGAAUGACAACAGCAUCCAUGGAGCCUGUAGGUGUCUUGGUGGAAAGGAGCACCAACGCUACUGACCCUCCCCUUAGCUCUCAUGAGAAUACGGCGGCUACAUUCACCAUUGGGACCAUCCUCUCCAUCAUGUGCUUAGUUGGAGUCUCAGGAAAUAUUUACACCCUGGUGGUCAUGUGUCACUCCAUGAGGACUGCAGCCUCGAUGUACAUCUACAUUAUAAACCUUGCUUUGGCAGAUCUGUUGUAUCUUCUCACCAUCCCCUUUGUGGUCUGCACACACUUCUUGAAGGGGUGGUACUUUGGAGACGCAGGGUGUCGGAUACUGAUUAGCAUGGAUUUCCUGACCAUGCAUGCCAGCAUCUUUACGCUGACUAUCAUGAGCACGGAGCGCUACUUUGCGGUGCUCAAGCCGCUGGACACAGUCAAGCGGUCUAAAAGUUACCGGAAGGCUAUCGCGCUGCUGGUCUGGGUAGCUUCUCUAAUCCUCACUUUACCUAUGAUUGUGAGCAUUCAGCUUAAGUCAAAGGGCACUAAACCAAUGUGCCAGCCCACGUUAUCCCCACUGUCUUUCAAGAUUUACAUCUCCUUUCUUUUUUGCACAAGUAUUGUUGCUCCAGGACUGAUCAUUGGGUAUCUCUACAUCCAGCUUGCACGGACUUACUGGAUAUCACAAACGGAAAACUUCAAGCAGACCAAGAAACUACCUAAUCAAAAGGUGCUGUACCUGAUUUUUACCAUCGUGCUCCUCUUCUGGGCUUGUUUUCUGCCUUUUUGGAUCUGGCAGCUGCUCGGCUCGUUCUGCCCCUCCCUGCCCCUCUCCUCCAAAGUCAAACGCAACAUCAACUACCUGACCACAUGCCUGACGUACUCCAACAGCUGCAUCAACCCGUUCCUCUACACACUGCUCACCAAAAACUACAAGGAGUACCUUAGGAAGCACAAGAGGUCGUGGACGGCCGGCAGCUACUUCAACAGACGGAGUCGUUUUCAGCGGUCGCCCCGCAGGUCGCCGUCUGCCAGCAGUCAGCAGUGCACCGAGAGCUUCAUGCUCACGCAUACAGCUUCACUGCGCGCUCACAAUAACAGCUUGUGAGGUAGGAGCAGCUUUUUUCCAGGCCUGCAUUUGCGUAAAGUGUGUAUACUCCCCCCUUUCAACACCCAAUCAUUUUAAUAAUAAAGCUUUGGCAGCCAAUGAUUCUUUAGGUCUCGCAGAUCUGGGUUUCUCCAUGAUAAAAGAAGCUAUUUUCAGGUGCAUGUGUAUAGAGGACAUUUAUCUUUGGGUCUCUCAAAAUUCUUUGUAUGUUUACAUUUUCUACUUUUUAAUAGGCUAUCUAAACAUGUCAUUUUGGGAGAGCCGGUGUACCUUGUUAUGUGUGUAAUGGGAUUUCAGGAGAUUCGGGAUUAGAUGGCUAACUAUUAAUUGCAGACAAAUUUAUUUCAAAUCAUUAUGUUACAUGGUUAAUAUUAAUGUAUGUUCAUAAUUGGUUACCCAUUUACUACAUAGUUAUGAGUUACCUACAAUACUGCACAAUAUAAUUUGCCACCCUCUGUUUUUACUUUGUUGUUAAACUUAAAUACUUCAAAUAAUAAAAUAAAUUUUAAUAUCAAGGAGAAUCUGAGGAAAAAAAUAUAUUUAUUAAGAGACAUCAGCAAUUUUAAACUAGCCUCCCCCUGUCUGAGAAAAGUAACUACCCACUAUGUUGAAUUAUAAAUCAAAUGUCCAAUGUUUUCAGUUCCACUUGACAGACCAAGGCCUGAGUACGGCCAGAGGAGUAGGAUCAAGAAAUCCAUUAACAGAACUUGUUUCACAAGUUUAGGCUACAGGAUUUCCUAAUGUAACUCGAUUCUGAAGAAAUUCAAGAAUAGAUUAGAACAAAUUGAACAAAUCUGGAAAGGUUUACAAAGCAAUUUCUAAGGCUUUGGAACUCAAGAUAAGCAUAGCAACAGCCAUUACCAGCAACUGGAGAACAUUUGAUGAAACUUCCCAGAAGUAGAUGGUGUUCCAAAGCUAAUCCAAGACUGUACCUACAAUUCCUAUAGGAGGUCACCAAAGAACCCAGAACAACAUCCAGCACAGCAUGGCCUCACCCCAGUUAGGGUCAGAGUUCAUGAUUCAACAAUACGAAACAGACUGGGUAAAGUUGGCUUCCCUUAGAGAGUUUCAAGCUCAAAAAGGAGCAUAAAGGCCCAUCCCUGAUUUUUACAAAGUCUUGAUGAUUUCCAAGAAUUUUAGGAAAAUAUUUUGUGGACUAACAAGACCAAAACAUUUCUACAGUAUUUUUGAAGGUGUGCUUCACAUUGGAGAUGUUGUGAAAUCAGAACAGAAAUUUUAUUAUCUGGAGGGUUGCUACACUGAUAAGUCUGUGAUGUAUUUAGGUGCUAAGCCAUUCAGUGAUUUAUAGACUAAGAAGUAUUUUAAAGUCUAUUCUCUGA